GCAUUCCUUGUGUGGACAAAAGAAAGACACACUGACUGAACCAAAGAUAAUUUACAUACGGCAUAGGCUACCCAACCUGAUCCACUGAAAAAAUGUCUAAACUACAGUUGUUGCGUUUAUUUUUAAAUGAGCGUUUAACGGAGUCUGCUGCUGUGGAGAUUUUCGAAGCAGUUGAGAAAGCGGUAGCGGAGUACCAGGAGGAGAAUGAUCGGCUACGGAGACUGCUGCGGUUCACACCAGAGAUACAACUAUGUAGAAUAGACUCCCUGCAGUUUUCUCUUGCUGUCUCUGAAGAGAAGGUUCCCCCUGAACAGCAGCACUGUGAGCAGGAGUGGAGCUCCAGUCUGGGGCAGGAGGACCCAGAGCCCACACAGAUCAAAGAGGAACAGGAGGAACUCCGGAUCAGUCAAGAGGAAGAGCGGUUUCAAGGGUUGGAGGCUGACAUCACAGAGUUCAAAUUCCCUCCUACCUGUGUGAAAAAUGAAUGUGAUCAGGAGGACCCACUUCAGUCCGUGACUGAACAGACUAUGGAGAACAGAGAGAGUGACUCUAAACCAGUUGAUCUCAAACCUUUUGGGACUGUGACCCACCUGAAGGGUCUCGACAUUCCCUUUGACCCUCCAGAUAAUCAAAACAAUGCCUCCAGUCACAGCUCUGCUACAAGCAGCGACCAAGUAGGACUUAACAGCAGCCCCCCAUUGGAUCUAAUUGUGCACAAACUGGCUCACACAGGGGAGAAACUGUUUAGCUGUGGUGACUGUGGGAAAAGCUUCAGUCAAAAGGAACACCUAGGGAACCAUGUACGCAUUCACACAGGGGAGAAACCGUUUAGCUGUGGUGACUGCGGGAAAAGCUUCACUGUCAAGGGGAACCUAACUGUGCACAAACUGGCUCACACUGGAAAGAAACCAUUUAGUUGUGGUGACUGCGGGAAAAGCUUCUAUCAGAGCCAGGAACUAACUGCGCAUAUACGGACUCACACUGGGGAGAAACCGUUUAGCUGUGGUGACUGUGGGAAAAGGUUUUAUCACAAGAUUACUCUAAACCGACACAUUCAGACUCACUCAGGAGAGAAACCGUUUAUCUGUGGUGACUGUGGGAAAAGGUUUUAUCACAAGAUUACUCUAAACAGACACAUUCAGACUCACACAGGAGAGAAACCAUUUAUAUGUGGCGACUGUGGGAAAAGCUUCAGUCAGAAGGAACACCUAGGGAACCAUACACUGACUCACACAGGAGAGAAACCGUUUAGCUGUGGAGACUGUGGGAAAAGCUUCAGGCAGAAAGGGACCUUAAAUACGCAUAAACUGACUCACACGGGAGUGAAAUCAUUUAGCUGUGGAGACUGUGGGAAGAGCUUCAUUCUGAAGGGGUCCCUAAAGAUGCAUAUACAGACUCACACAGGUGUGAAACCAUUUAUAUGUGGAGACUGCGGGAAAGGCUUCUAUCUGAAGGGAGACCUAGGUAAGCAUAUACUGACUCACACAGGUGAGAAACCAUUUAGCUGUGGAGACUGCGGGAAAAGCUUCAGGCAGAAGUCGGCCCUAAAGACGCACACACUGACUCACACUGGAGAGAAGCCAUUUCACUGUGGAGACUGUGGGAAAAGAUUCAGUCAGAAUGGGGCCCUAAAGAAGCAUUUAUUGACUCACACAGGAGUGAAAUCAUUGUAGCUGUGGGGACUGUGGAAAAAGCUUCUAUCAGAAAAGACGCCUAACUGAACAUAUCCAGACUCACCCAGGAGUUAAACAACAUGACUGCUCAGUCUGUGACAGAACAUGUGUUACGGCUCAUCUGCUGAAGCAUGUUAAUAAUGUCCUCAAAGAAAGAAACUGGGAGGACAAAUACAGCUGCAAGCAGCCAUGAAGGCUCCUGGCCACAAUAUUUCUUGAAUUUUAAUUAGAGCAUUCUGUUAGUGAACCUUUUGAGUAAGAUACUUUGCCACUUGGUUUUGAUACUGCCUGGAGAAGGAGUGGCAAUGCCGCAAAAAUCAAGGCUUUUUAACCAAUAACUCCACCCCCUCCCCCCUAAUGUAAAUUUAGUUACUGAAACGUACUCGCAGUUGAGAAGAUUUGUUAACAGUUUGACGUUCACAACUGAAUUGCAUUCUGUUUUUGGAGAUACUGACACGUGCUUCGUAGUAGACCUUCCUUGUGGUGUCCUUAAGCCCCUCGAGGCAAGUCAGUUAAGAACAAAUUCUUAUUUACAAUGAUGGCCUACAAUGAUGGCCAAACCCUCCCUUAACCUGGACAACUCGGGGCCAAUUGUGCGCCGCCCUAUGGGACUCAAUCAGUACUAAGUUGUUGGAUGGAUCAAAGAGAAGUUGAGUAGUUUGGGUUAAGCUGGGUUUGGUGUGGACAUGUCGUUUUGUUUUUACAAAAUUGACACUAUCUCCAUCUUUUGAUUAAAUUCUUAGCUUUUCACAUAGGAGUUCUUAACUUCUGUUUUGAGUUAAUCGGACGUGGUUCAUAGGAAGAUUGUUAAAGAUUUGUAUGGUUCAAACUUCCAAAAUGAAUGAAAAUCCAAUAUGGCAGAGGUCAUAGCUCCUUGGGAGAGUCUCCUUUGGAAAAAAGUCUGUCCUCGACUCCUGUCCUCCUCUCCGUGAACCGGAAACUGAUACGUCAUUUGUUAGUAGCCGGACGGAGAGAAGUGUCAUCCAAAACCCAUUAGAUAAGAAAGCCAGAGUUCCCGCUCCAAUUACCUUCUCCUCCAAUGGGUUUUGAGAAGGAGACAAGGAGUAUGCCAUUUGAGAUCUUCCCAUAAGUACCCUUUCAGCAGCUAGCGCGGCAUUCUUUCAGAAUAUGCCACACCCCCUUUGAAUGGUCUGUUUUCUCAAAGGAGAAAAACAUGCACCCGUUUUAAAACGAUACACUACUUAUCCUUUAGCGCGAGUGGAGAAGGGUAGUCUCAUUUCAUAUGAGCGCAUUUCGGUGAAUCCCAAACCAGCCCCUUGCCGCUACCUACUCGUCCUCCGUUGUCACGUGUUGCUGACGAAACUAACGAGGAUGACUUCCAUCGAGUGGCAAGGGGAUCAAUAAACCCUUCGACUUCGGGACACACUAGUGACUUGAAUGAUGCGAUUCAUGUUCCAUAUUUUAAUAAUAAAAUGCACAUGAAAUUCAAAUGAACAAUUGACUAGCAAUACUCUUAACAGUUAAACUUAUCAUUUGGGAGGUAUUUCAUAUGUUUUGAGUCAAGCAAUGAAAUCCAACACAAACAAACACACAUUUCCUAUAAUUAGGCAAACUCCAAACAUAUCUUAGUGCGUGUUGGGGAUAGCACUUCACUCUGGAGCCUGCUUGGUUCGAAAUGGCAAUCAGAGGCGCUAAUUAACUGCUACAUCCAGGGCAAAAUGGUUUACCCUCUUGAUGGUGGAGAGAAAUGUACGUUUUAAAGUGUUCCAUUUCAUACGUUUGUCUGAGCAAAAGGAAUGACAAUUUAUGGUAAGAAUAGGGAAAAGCAGAAAUAACAUUCAUAGUCAUACCCAUCAAAUGCAUUUUAUUUAAUCACUUUUGGUUCUCUUCAAACAAACAAAAACCUAACUAUUUACAAUUCUUUAGGUUCUUUUUCUGAAUGCAUUUAUGUUACUAAACUCAUUCAAAAAGUUUAAGUGAUGGAAUUGAGCUGACUGGGUGAAAAAAGGGAAAAUAUCAUUUGAUAAAUUGGUAAAUUAAUCAUCUCCCCCAGGGGCAUCACAAUGCCAAAACAUCAAUCACUUUUGAACUUCAAGGAUUAACAGAAAAUCUGAAAAAUGUCAACAGCUGGAGACUUGACAGACUAACAUAUCAUAACCACCAGUCAUUCAACAGCAGACUAGAAUAAUUGAUGGCUACAUUUGAAACACAGCUCCCUGCAAACCAGCAUGCCACUGGCAUCCUUAUCUGACCGAUGGAAUUUGAAAUAAUGACAAUACCCUGCUCUCUCUGUCUUCACAAAGUACUUCAGUGACAUUUUAGAUAUUCCCCAAUCUGCACUAACCAAUACAUCAACUGAACCAAAUGGACUGAAUAGUGUAUUCAAAACCGACCCAGCUAAAACGUAACUUUCUGAGAACCAUAUGUUUAUUAGUUUGGUGAGAGUCUGGUUGUGUUGAUUUUGCAUAUGACCUUUCCACAACUUUCUGGGAAUGUUGCAGGAUAGUUGCUUGGCUUUGGAACAUUCUCAGCACUUUUAAGUAACUUGAAGAAAAAAAAAUGUAAUUACUUUUAACAGAAUGUUUCCUAAAAGUUCAAACGUGGUUACAUUUAAGUUCAGUUUUGGUAAUGUUUUAAGAACAUUCUCCAACUGGUUUGACAUUGGGAAUGUUCUCAUAGUUCAGAGAACGUUAAACAACAUUCUUCUGUGGGAAUUUCAGUACUUCAGCAUAACGUUUCCUCAUGGUUCUAUUUAAAGUUCUCAUUGUUUAAAACUUCCUAUAAAAACUUUAAUGUUCAGAGAACGUUAUUUCAAAACAUACAUUCUGUUCUCAGCAUCACCAAAACACUCUUGUUAAGUGUGUUUGGGUGUGGUGGCCGCACCCACUAAUUGGCCACACCUGUGCUUGAGGAGUGCUGUUUCCUUUAAAAAUGUGGUCUGUUUGAAUAGACUCAAAGGAACAGAUUUGUAUGUGUAAAACAAACAAUGGCACACUAGCUCCAUCCUGAUGGCACCGUAGACUAAUUCCAGAAGAUUAUAGGUUCGAAUCUCACAGAUGCCAUGUCACAAUUUUUUUUUAUGUUUGCAUGAAUUUCCAUGUGUCUGAUCUGUGCUUGGAGUUUAAACAGUUAACCCCAAAUAAGCUAGCGGUGUUCUUGAAACGUUCAGUUUCUUAUUGAAACUUUCAGUGAAAGUUAAGGAAGUUAUUUAAAAAAAACUUCAAGUACAUAGAAUUUCCGUUCUCAGUGUUUAAUAAAACCUCAGAAGGGAACUUCAAAGGAACCAGAGUAAAACGUUGUAAGAACCUCCCUGCAACCUAUAAAUAAACAUUCCCAGAACAGGCAAAGUUUUCACUGCUGUUCUCAGAACGUACACAGAACGUACAUUUUUUUUCUUCUGUUUUACCAGUUAGGAAAGGUAUGGCUUCUUCCCACAACCAAUGGGAAACAAAAAAACACGACGUUCCCACAACUUCCAAGGAACCAAAUGUGCUAGCUGGGUAGAAAGCCAAAGCUAACAUAUAUGGAAAAACCUGAACCACAGCCAUAUCCUACAACGGAAGUUAAUACUUGUUUGUCGGACCAACCAGAACUGAUUCUAAAUAGGAAAACACGUUCAAAAGAAUGAAUCCAUUCAACCUAACUGACAGGGGAAGUAUUGGGUUUCUCCAUACGAAAAACAAACUAACGAGUUUCAGAACUGUUCCAAGCACCUUCAG